AUGACAGCUUGGAUUGCAGACUAUGUAGCAAGUUGUCCUGUAUGUGCUAGAUACAAAGCUCCUCGACACCAUCCAUAUGGUUUGCUACAGCCACUAGCAAUGCCAGACAGGCCCUGGGGCUCCAUAUCCCUCGACUUCAUCGAAGGAUUACCACCAUCAAGGAACUAUGACUCCAUCCUCGUCAUUGUGGACAGGCUGACCAAGUUUGCCAUAAUAGCUCCAACCCAUAAGACAGUCACAGCCAAACAGACUGCAGUGUUGCUAUACAGACACAUGGUUAGACUUUUUGGAUACCCAGAUCACAUGGUCUUGGACCGAGGCAGGCAGUUCAUAUCAGGAGCAUGGAAGGCAUUCACAGAACAAAUGGGUGUGAAGCACUCACUUAGCAUGGCCUACCAUCCUCAAACUGAUGGUCAGACAGAGAGGGUCAAUCAGGUCAUCGAGCAGUACCUAAGGAUGUACUGCAACUAUGAGCAGAAUGACUGGGCCGACCUGCUGGACACUGCAGCCUUUGUAUACAACAACACAGUCCACAACAGCAUUGUCAAUGAUCCAGGUCACUUUGAGUACCUCAUGGAUGGAAAGGAGCAUUGCAAGUACCUCCAGGAGCAGAUCAGAGAGGCACAAUGUAGAUCAGUAGACCAGUAUAACAGGAAGCACAAGGACAUCAAGUUCAAGGUGGGUGAUAUGGUCUAUAUCAACCGUCGAAACUGGAAGACAAGGAGACCCACACCCAAGUUAGAUACCCAGUUUGCAGGACCCUACCCAGUUCAGGAACGGGUGGGAUGCCAAGCUUAUCGAAUCACAUUGCCAGCAAACCUUAGGGUGAAUGAUGUGUUCCAUGUCUCCAUGCUCAAGCCAGCAAGAACAAGUUCUCUUCCUCAACAUGCUGAACAGCCCACCAUACCAUCACUUCCAGAUGAGGACCUCGAUUUUGAAGUCGAAGCACUCAAUGAAAAGCAUUCACACAAUGGGACUACAGAGUACAAAGUGUUGUGGAGAGGGUACUCAGAAGAAGCUGCUUCAUGGGAACCAGUAGAGAACCUCAACUGCCCCGACCUCAUCCAGGAGUAUGAGGUGUCGGAGGGGGGACGAGCGAGUAGACAAAGUAGAGAGAGGAGGAGAGAACAGGAGGAGUAG